AACCCACCGCCGUCGGUGGGCAUCUCCUGGAGUUAGCUGCUGCCCCCGCCGCAGCAACCUUCAUCAUGGCCCAGGGCAGUCCGGCACCCAGUCUCAUGUCGCCUCCUCCUCUGGCGGUCGGCGGCCCCAGUUCCACUAUGGUCAGUCUCAAGAGCCUCCUGCAAGGACCGGUCAAGAGUCCUGAACGCCGGGGGGCCAAGGAACUGGGCUCAUGUGUGAUCAAAGACAAGGAGCAUAAGAUGGAGGACGAUCUGAGCGUCUCAAGACCUGGGCACUGUGCAUAUCUGGGGUCCCUCCUGUGGGAACGCACCUUGCCCUGCAAUGAGAUUGAAUACGUCGACUUGGAUGAAUUUUUGCUGGAAAAUGGUUUGCCCCCAAGUCCAGCCCAUCAGUCGUAUUCCCCAGGCAGCCAGCCCACCGCCUCGCCUUCCAGCGGGGUAGUGGUGGAUCUUAGUCGGCCGGCUUCUUGCACGUCAUCGUCUUCAAUCUGUUCUUCAUCUGGUGACGGUCUAGUCGGCAGUGAUUAUGACCAAAACUGCAGCAAAACAGGUCCUAUCACGCCAGUGUCCCGAAGCACACCCAGCCCGGUAGACCCUGAGGCUGUGGAGGUCCUCAUGAACUUUGACCCUGACCCUGCUGAUUUGGCACUGUCCAGCAUUCCAGGCCACAAGACCUUUGACCCUCGCAAGCAUCGGUUCUCAGAAGAGGAGCUUAAGCCCCAGCCCAUCAUGAAAAAGGCCCGGAAAAUACAGGUUCCUGAUGAACAGAAGGAUGAAAAAUAUUGGAACAGGCGGUACAAGAACAAUGAGGCAGCAAAACGCUCAAGAGAUGCACGCCGCCUGAAAGAGAAUCAAAUCACAGUUCGGGCGGCUUUCUUGGAGAAGGAGAAUGCAGUCCUUCGCCAAGAAGUGGCCAAUAUCCGCCAGGAACUAACCCGCUACCGCAGCAUCCUCUCUAAAUAUGAAUCUCAGCACGGCACCUUGUAAAAUCCACAGCAGGACACUGUGCUCUUCUUCAAGAUCCCACCACCGAGGUGGUAGGGCCACCCUGGUUUUUCAACGCAGACCCCCUGUCUUCCCGAACCGGGCAAACAAAUAAUCCAACAACAGAUGUUUGGAAUGAGGGAAAGGUCUGCAUUGAGCACUUUCCACCUGCAGGGACUAACCAUGGUUCUGGGUGCGCAAAGGAGAGUUCCUGGGUGGGCAUGG